GCAGCCCCAGCUGCGGCUUCGGUAGCAGCGAGUUCGAGCCCCGCUCCCGCUCCGCUUUGGUUUUUCGCUCCCCGCGGCCCUUGGGCCUCCCUACGCCAGUCUCCGGCAGCUUGCUGCGCAUAGCGCUCUCCCCGCCGCCAGAAUGCCGGUAACCGAGAAGGACCUGGCGGAGGACGCGCCCUGGAAGAAGAUCCAGCAGAACACCUUCACGCGUUGGUGCAACGAGCACCUUAAGUGCGUGAACAAGCGCAUAGGGAACCUGCAGACCGACCUGAGCGACGGGCUGCGGCUCAUCGCGCUCCUGGAGGUGCUCAGCCAGAAGCACAUGUACCGCAAGUACCACCAGCGGCCCACCUUCCGCCAGAUGCAGCUGGAGAACGUGUCCGUGGCGCUCGAGUUCUUGGACCGCGAGAGCAUCAAGCUCGUGUCCAUCGACAGCAAAGCCAUCGUGGAUGGCAAUCUGAAGCUCAUCUUGGGCCUGGUGUGGACGCUCAUCCUCCACUACUCCAUCUCCAUGCCCGUGUGGGAGGAUGAAGGAGACGAUGAUGCCAAGAAGCAGACACCAAAGCAGAGGCUGCUCGGGUGGAUUCAGAACAAGAUCCCCUACUUGCCCAUCACCAACUUCAACCAGAACUGGCAAGACGGCAAAGCCCUGGGAGCUUUGGUAGACAGCUGUGCCCCAGGUCUGUGCCCAGACUGGGAAUCCUGGGAUCCACGGAAGCCUGUGGAUAACGCACGGGAAGCCAUGCAGCAGGCAGACGACUGGCUCGGUGUCCCACAGGUCAUCACUCCUGAAGAAAUUAUUCACCCGGAUGUGGAUGAGCACUCAGUGAUGACUUACCUGUCCCAGUUCCCCAAAGCCAAGCUCAAGCCUGGAGCUCCCCUUAAACCCAAACUCAACCCCAAGAAAGCCAGGGCCUAUGGCAGAGGUAUCGAGCCCACUGGGAACAUGGUGAAGCAGCCGGCCAAGUUCACCGUGGACACAAUCAGUGCCGGGCAAGGUGACGUCAUGGUGUUUGUUGAGGACCCAGAAGGGAACAAAGAGGAGGCACUCGUGACCCCUGACAGCGAUAAGAACAAGACAUACUCUGUGGAGUAUCUGCCCAAGGUCACCGGACUGCACAAAGUCACAGUCCUCUUUGCAGGCCAGCACAUCUCCAAGAGCCCAUUCGAGGUGAAUGUCGACAAGGCCCAGGGAGAUGCCAGUAAAGUCACUGCGAAAGGCCCAGGCUUGGAAGCUGCCGGCAACAUCGCCAAUAAGCCCACCUAUUUUGACAUCUACACAGCAGGUGCUGGCGUGGGCGACAUUGGUGUGGAGGUGGAAGAUCCGCAGGGGAGGAACACCGUGGAGCUGCUCGUGGAAGACAGAGGAAACCAAGUGUAUCGAUGUGUGUACAAACCAAUGCAACCUGGCCCCCACGUGGUCAGGGUUUCCUUUGCUGGGGACACCAUCCCCAAGAGUCCCUUCGUUGUUCAGGUCGGGGAAGCCUGCAAUCCAAACGCCUGUCGGGCCAGUGGCCGAGGCCUGCAGCCUAAAGGCAUUCGUGUCCGAGAAACUGCAGACUUCAGAGUUGACACCAAAGCUGCUGGAAGCGGAGAGCUCGGCGUCACCAUUAAGGGUCCUAAGGGUCUGGAGGAGCUGGUGAAACAGAAAGGCUUUCAGGAUGGAGUCUAUGCAUUUGAGUAUUACCCCAGCACCCAGGGGAAAUACAGCAUCUCCAUCACGUGGGGGGGACACCACAUUCAAAAGAGCCCUUUUGAAGUUCAAGUUGGCCCGGAAGCAGGCAUGCAGAAAGUCCGUGCGUGGGGACCUGGCCUCCACGGCGGGAUUGUUGGGCGGUCAGCAGACUUCGUAGUGGAGUCCAUUGGUUCUGAAGUGGGGUCUCUGGGGUUUGCCAUUGAAGGCCCCUCGCAGGCGAAGAUUGAGUAUGAUGACCAGAAUGACGGGUCGUGUGAUGUCAAGUACUGGCCCAAGGAGCCGGGUGAAUAUGCCGUUCACAUCAUGUGCGACGAUGAGGACAUCAAGGACAGUCCCUUCAUGGCCUACAUCCACCCGGCCUCGGGAGACUACAACCCAGACCUGGUGCAAGCGUACGGGCCAGGUUUGGAGAAAUCCGGAUGCAUUGUCAACAACCUGGCUGAGUUCACUGUGGAUCCUAAGAAUGCCGGAAAAGCUCCCUUAAAGAUAUUUGCUCAGGAUGGGGACGGCCAGCCCAUUGACAUCCAGAUGAAGAGCCGGAUGGAUGGCACCUAUGCCUGCUCGUACACCCCGGUUAAGGCCAUCAAGCACACCAUUGCCGUGGUCUGGGGAGGUGUCAGCAUCCCGCACAGCCCUUACAGGGUCAGCAUCGGACAGGGUAGCCAUCCCCAGAAGGUCAAAGUAUUUGGGCCAGGAGUGGAGAGAAGUGGCCUGAAGGCACACGAACCCACUCACUUCACCGUGGACUGUACUGAGGCUGGCGAAGGUGAUGUCAGCGUUGGCAUUAAAUGUGAUGCCCGGGUGUUAAGUGAUGAGGAGGAAGACGUGGAUUUUGACAUUAUUCACAACGCCAAUGAUACGUUUACAGUCAAAUAUGUGCCUCCUGCCGCCGGGCGAUACACUAUCAAAGUUCUCUUUGCCUCUCAGGAAAUCCCCACCAGCCCUUUCAGAGUCAAGGUCGACCCUUCCCAUGACGCCAGCAAAGUGAAGGCAGAAGGCCCGGGGCUCAGCAAAGCAGGUGUGGAAAACGGGAAGCCCACCCACUUCACUGUCUACACCAAGGGAGCCGGAAAGGCCCCUCUCAACGUGCAGUUCAGCAGCCCAGUCCCUGGCGACGCCGUGAAGGAUCUGGAUAUCAUCGACAACUAUGACUACUCUCACACCGUUAAAUACACGCCCACCCAGCAGGGUAACAUGCAGGUUCUGGUUACAUACGGCGGCGAUCCCAUCCCUAAAAGCCCAUUCACCGUGGGUGUGGCUGCUCCGCUGGAUCUGAGCAGGAUAAAAAUUAAUGGACUGGAAAACAGAGUCGAAGUUGGGAAGGACCAGGAGUUCGCCGUGGACACCAGGGGAGCAGGCGGCCAGGGGAAGCUGGACGUGACGAUCCUAAGCCCCUCGAGGAAGGUCGUGCCAUGUCUGGUGGCCCCCAUGGCAGGCCGGGAGGGCAGCACGGCCAAGUUCAUCCCGCGGGAGGAAGGGUUGUAUGCCGUCGACUUGACCUAUGACGGACAUCCUGUGCCCGGAAGCCCGUACAUGGUGGAGGCCUCGCUGCCGCCUGAUCCCACCAAGGUGAAGGCCCAUGGUCCUGGCCUCAGAGGUGGUCUUGUGGGCAAGCCUGCCGAGUUCACCAUCGACACCAAAGGAGCUGGAACUGGAGGUCUGGGCCUAACCGUGGAAGGACCGUGCGAGGCCAAAAUCGAGUGCUCGGACAACGGCGAUGGGACCUGCUCCGUCUCCUACCUCCCGACAAAGCCCGGGGAGUACUUCGUCAACAUCCUCUUCGAAGAAGUCCACAUACCUGGCUCUCCCUUCAAAGCCGACAUUGAAAUGCCCUUCGACCCCUCCAAAGUCGUGGCAUCCGGCCCAGGCCUCGAGCACGGGAAGGUGGGCGAGGCCGGGCUGCUCAGCGUGGACUGUUCGGAAGCGGGGCCAGGGGCCCUGGGCCUGGAAGCUGUCUCAGACUCAGGGGCGAAAGCCGAAGUCUGUAUCGAGAACAACAAAGAUGGCACCUACGCGGUGACCUAUGUGCCCCUGACGGCUGGCAUGUACACGCUGACCAUGAAGUACGGCGGGGAGCUGGUGCCGCACUUCCCCGCCAGGGUCAAGGUGGAGCCCGCUGUGGACACCAGCAGGGUCAAAGUCUUUGGGCCUGGAAUAGAAGGAAAAGAUGUGUUUCGUGAAGCCACCACCGAUUUCACGGUGGACUCGCGGCCCCUGACGCAGGUUGGAGGCAACCACAUCAAGGCCCACAUUGCCAACCCCUCCGGGGCCUCCACAGAGUGUUUCGUCACAGACAAUGCUGAUGGGACCUACCAGGUGGAAUACACGCCCUUCGAGAAGGGCCUCCAUGUAGUGGAAGUAACCUACGACGAUGUGCCCGUCCCAAAUAGUCCCUUUAAAGUGGCUGUGACUGAAGGCUGCCAGCCUUCUCGGGUUCAAGCUCAAGGACCUGGGUUGAAGGAGGCUUUCACCAAUAAGCCCAACGUCUUCACGGUGGUUACCAGAGGGGCAGGAAUUGGGGGUCUCGGCAUAACUGUGGAGGGACCGUCCGAGUCAAAGAUAAACUGCAGAGACAACAAAGAUGGCAGCUGCAGUGCCGAGUAUGUUCCCUUUGCUCCGGGAGAUUAUGACGUGAAUAUCACAUACGGAGGUGCCCACAUUCCUGGCAGCCCCUUCAGGGUUCCUGUGAAGGAUGUUGUGGACCCCAGCAAGGUCAAGAUCGUUGGCCCUGGGCUGGGCUCCGGUGUCCGAGCUCGCGUCUUGCAGUCCUUCACGGUGGACAGCAGCAAGGCUGGCCUGGCCCCUCUGGAAGUGAGGGUCAUGGGUCCACGAGCUAAUCAGAGGAUUUCCUGGUCAAGGCGCAGCCCCUUGAAAGCCAUUUCAGGGUUCUUUAAACGUGACUGGAAGGGUGACGUUAUGGAGACAGGCCUGGUGGAGCCAGUGAACGUGGUGGACAAUGGUGAUGGCACACAUACAGUGACCUACACCCCAUCCCAGGAGGGACCUUACGUGGUCUCUGUUAAAUACGCUGAUGAAGAGAUCCCUCGUAGUCCCUUUAAGGUCAAGGUCCUUCCCACAUACGAUGCCAGCAAAGUGACUGCCAGUGGCCCUGGCCUCAGUACCUAUGGUGUGCCUGCCAGCCUGCCUGUGGAGUUUGCGAUCGAUGCCAGAGAUGCUGGGGAAGGCCUGCUUGCUGUUCAGAUAACGGACCAAGAGGGGAAACCCAAAAGAGCCAUUGUCCACGAUAAUAAAGAUGGCACGUACGCUGUCACUUACAUCCCAGACAAGACUGGACGGUAUAUGAUUGGGGUCACCUACGGCGGGGAUGACAUCCCAUUGUCUCCCUACCGCAUCCGGGCCACACAGACGGGUGAUGCCAGCAAGUGCCUGGCCACAGGGCCUGGAAUCGCCUCUACUGUGAAAACCGGCGAGGAAGUGGGCUUUGUGGUCGAUGCCAAGACCGCCGGAAAGGGCAAAGUGACCUGCACAGUUUUGACCCCAGACGGCACUGAGGCUGAGGCCGAUGUCAUCGAGAAUGAGGAUGGCACCUAUGACAUCUUCUACACAGCUGCCAAGCCGGGCACCUACGUCAUCUAUGUGCGCUUUGGUGGCGUCGAUAUUCCCAACAGUCCCUUCACUGUCAUGGCCACAGAUGGGGAAGUCGCAGCUGUGAAGGAGGCACCGGUAAAUGCAUGUCCCCCUGGAUUCAGGCCCUGGGUAACAGAAGAGGCCUAUGUCCCAGUGAGCAACAUGAACGGCCUGGGGUUUAAGCCUUUCGACUUGGUCAUUCCAUUUGCAGUCAGGAAAGGAGAAAUCACCGGAGAGGUUCACAUGCCUUCCGGGAAGACAGCCACGCCCGAGAUUGUGGACAACAAGGAUGGCACGGUCACGGUCAGAUACGCCCCCACGGAGGUUGGCCUCCAUGAGAUGCACAUCAAGUACAUGGGUAGCCACAUUCCUGAGAGCCCGCUCCAGUUCUAUGUGAACUACCCCAACAGUGGGAGCGUGUCUGCGUACGGCCCGGGCCUGGUGUACGGAGUGGCCAACAAAACCGCCACCUUCACCAUCGUCACCGAGGACGCAGGAGAAGGUGGCCUGGACUUGGCUAUCGAGGGACCCUCAAAGGCCGAAAUCAGCUGUAUUGACAACAAAGAUGGGACGUGCACGGUGACCUACCUGCCCACCUUGCCGGGCGACUACAGCAUUCUGGUCAAGUACAAUGACAAACACAUCCCUGGCAGCCCCUUCACAGCCAAGAUCACAGACGACAACAGACGGUGCUCUCAGGUGAAGCUGGGCUCAGCCGCCGACUUCUUGCUCGACAUCAGCGAGACUGACCUCAGCACCUUGACGGCCAGCAUCAAGGCCCCGUCCGGUCGUGACGAGCCUUGUCUCCUGAAGAGGCUGCCCAACAAUCACAUUGGCAUCUCCUUCAUCCCCCGGGAGGUGGGUGAACAUCUGGUCAGCAUCAAGAAGAACGGCAACCAUGUGGCCAACAGCCCCGUAUCCAUCAUGGUGGUCCAGUCGGAGAUCGGGGAUGCCCGCAGAGCCAAAGUCUAUGGCCGUGGCCUGUCAGAAGGCCGGACUUUCGAGAUGUCUGACUUCAUUGUGGACACAAGAGAUGCAGGUUAUGGAGGCAUCUCCUUGGCGGUGGAAGGCCCUAGCAAGGUGGACAUCCAGACCGAGGACCUGGAGGACGGCACCUGCAAGGUCUCCUACUUCCCCACCGUGCCUGGCGUUUACAUCGUCUCCACCAAGUUCGCUGACGAGCACGUGCCUGGGAGUCCGUUCACCGUGAAAAUCAGCGGGGAGGGAAGAGUCAAGGAGAGCAUCACCCGUACCAGCCGAGCCCCGUCUGUGGCCACUGUUGGCAGCAUCUGUGACCUGAACCUGAAAAUCCCAGAAAUCGACAGCAGUGACAUGUCGGCCCACGUCACCAGCCCCUCUGGCCGCGUGACCGAGGCGGAGAUUGUGCCGGUGGGGAAGAACUCGCACUGCGUCCGGUUCGUGCCCCAGGAGAUGGGCGUUCACACCGUCAGCGUCAAGUACCGCGGCCAGCACGUCACCGGCAGCCCCUUCCAGUUCACCGUGGGGCCGCUGGGCGAGGGCGGUGCCCACAAGGUCCGGGCAGGCGGCCCUGGCCUGGAGCGAGGAGAAGCCGGAGUUCCGGCGGAGUUCAGCAUCUGGACCCGGGAGGCAGGCGCCGGGGGCCUCUCCAUUGCUGUGGAGGGCCCCAGUAAGGCUGAGAUUACAUUCGAUGACCAUAAAAACGGAUCUUGUGGUGUGUCUUAUAUUGCCCAGGAACCUGGUAACUACGAGGUGUCCAUCAAGUUCAAUGACGAGCACAUUCCCGAAAGUCCCUACCUGGUACCAGUGAUCGCGCCCUCGGACGAUGCCCGCCGCCUCACUGUUCUGAGCCUUCAGGAAUCGGGAUUAAAAGUUAAUCAGCCAGCCUCCUUUGCUAUAAGGUUGAACGGGGCAAAAGGCAAGAUCGAUGCAAAGGUGCACAGCCCCUCUGGAGCUGUGGAGGAAUGCCACGUGUCUGAACUGGAGCCAGACAAGUAUGCUGUUCGCUUCAUCCCCCACGAGAAUGGUGUCCACACAAUCGACGUCAAGUUCAACGGGAGCCACGUGGUUGGAAGUCCCUUCAAAGUGCGCGUCGGGGAGCCUGGACAAGCGGGGAACCCCGCCCUGGUGUCGGCCUAUGGCGCAGGGCUUGAGGGGGGCUCCACAGGUAUCCAGUCAGAGUUUUUCAUCAAUACCACCCGAGCAGGGCCAGGGACAUUAUCCGUCACCAUUGAAGGGCCGUCCAAAGUUAAAAUGGAUUGCCAGGAAACCCCCGAAGGGUACAAGGUCAUGUACACUCCCAUGGCUCCUGGAAACUACCUGAUUGGCGUCAAAUAUGGCGGGCCCAACCACAUCGUGGGCAGCCCGUUCAAGGCCAAAGUGACAGGUCAGCGUCUGGUCAGCCCCGGCUCAGCCAACGAGACCUCCUCCAUCCUGGUGGAGUCGGUGACCAGGUCCUCGACGGAGACCCGCUACAGCGCCAUCCCCAAGGCAUCCUCAGAUGCUAGCAAGGUGACCUCCAAGGGCGCAGGGCUCUCGAAGGCCUUCCUGGGCCAGAAGAGCUCCUUCCUGGUGGACUGCAGCAAAGCCGGUUCGAACAUGCUGCUGAUCGGGGUCCACGGACCCACCACCCCCUGCGAAGAAGUCUCCAUGAAGCACGUGGGCAAUCAGCAGUACAACGUGACCUACGUGGUCAAGGAGCGGGGGGACUACGUCCUGGCCGUGAAGUGGGGAGAGGAACACAUUCCCGGCAGCCCGUUCCACGUCACCGUGCCUUAAAACGCUUCCCGUUGGCCCAGCAGCCGUGCUGGCCGCUGCUUCUGUUGCUCAUCUGUUCACUCGUUUUAUACAAAGUCCUCCGGCCUGUUUGUGGGGCUGAAAACCCCAUCCUCAAAA